AUGCUCCCGGGGCCGGUGGUGUCGAUGGUCGGCAGCGGCGACGUCCUGAUGGUGGCGUUCCACAAGGGAGAACCGAUAGGCGACGGCCAGAACCUGGGGUACAAGCUGCUAGACGUCGGAGGAAAGCGCGAGCUUUCCAAGGGAGGGCUCUGCCUGUCGCCGGGGUCAGAGCUGACCUGGCUGGGGUCGAGCGAGGAGGGUAUGGUGAUGGCUAUGGACUCCGCCGGUCUGGUGUCGGCGCUGACGAGAUCCUUCGGGUGGCAGUGGACGCCCCUCCUCGACACCCUCAAGGUGUCCAAGAGCAAGAGGUACCGCUUCUGGCCGGUGGGGGUGGUGUCCGGCAAGCUUCUCGCGGCCACCCUCAAAGACGGAGAGGAACACCCCGCCGCCUACCCUCGCCCCGUGAUUACAGCGGUGCCCCUGACGGCCAUCUGCGCCCAGUCCCAGGACGGCGAAGAGAUGUCCAAGUUCGAGAAAACCUUCCCGUCGAUGGAGGCGAGGGCUAGGCAAAGGAAGUUCAACCUUGACCAUGGCCUAGUCAUGGGGGAUGACGUCUCCGCUGAGCCUGAGGAGAUGGAGGGAGAGCUCAUGACGCAGCUGGCUAAGCUGGACACCAUGGUGGUGAAGAGGAUCCAGGAGGCCUGCGCGGCGGAGAAGCCUGAGCGUGCGAUGGACCUGUCCUCUCUCCUGCACCUCGAGAAGUCCUACUCUAUCGCCAUCAAGGUGGCUAACCACCACGGACUAACUUCCUUGGCGGCUGGCAUGGACGACGCCAUGGUGGCAAAGGUUUGCACAAGGCGCAAGGCACGAGAAGAGUCAGUGGCCCCGCCCCGGCGACCGCCGCCGCCGGCCGCCGGAGGCCCCGGGGGUCGGUACGACGGGGGGGCGGGGGAGGACGGGGACGGCGGCGACGGUUUCACGCCUGGAAACCCCUUGGGCGUCGACGACAGCGACGAUAGUGGCGGUGCCGCGGACGAAGCGGAGCUCGUAGACUCCGACGACAAUAACGGCGGCAGCGUGGGUGACGUUGCCAAGGGCAGUAAGCGACGGAUGCAGGAGGCCGAGGAGGAGGAGGAGGAGGAGGAGGAGGAGGAGGAUGAGGAAGUUGCGCCCCCCCCCGCGCCAAGGAACCCGUUCGCCCGCGGCGGGAAGACUUUCGCGUCUCCCCCUAAGAAGAAGCGCAAGGACGUGUUGGAGACGAUGAACGACCUCCGGGGGUCCCCGUCCCCCGUGUCCUCGAAGCGGCCCCCGCUAAGCCGGCUGUCGUCCUUCUCGGCGGAGGCUCGCACCAAGAACAGGAACGACCGGAACGUUCUGUGAAGAUCUCAGGAACGUUAUGAGGAGCGUUCUCUGACGACAAGGAACCUACUGUGACCAGCGGAGGACUCGUUUGGUCCCGGUCACGCACAAUAUAAUAUUAUCUUUCUGUACACAUUUAUUAUUAUGCGGCUUGGUGUAUGGAAAAUUAUCAUGCCACGUUUUACCGGUCAGCUUGUCGCUUCCCGCGCGCGGCGCGUGUGUAGUGUUGCCGUCGGAAUACGUUCAAAUUUUUCACACAUGUAGAUUCGUUCAGUAGAUUCGGGCUUGCGGGCCCACUUUUACGCAACCAUCUGGAAGACGGCGGUGGUGGUGGCAGUGGUGGCGUGAUUAUCUUUGCGCCUACGCGGAUUCGAUGCAUGGUCGUGGUUAAUAGUUAGACAUGGAGCUGGAAAGGCGACUUUGGGUAGGUAGGCCUGAUGCUCGAAAUGAG